AUGUCUUUGCCUGCAGAUUUAGAUACAAACAUAGAUUCUGCUGUUCUUAAAGCUAUUGAACUAGGUACGAGACUUUUUAGAUCUGGUGAGUACCUGCAAGCAAAAAGGAUAUUUACUAAUGCUUUGAAAGUGUGCGAUUCUUAUUCUCAAGAGCAAAUCGUGCGGAUAAGGAGCGCGCAUCAUUUAGAUACUUCAAGACCCGAUAACAAACGGCUUCGUCAUCCCAAAUACAUAAAAAUACUGGACAAUAUUUGCGCAUGCUAUGAAAAAUUGGACGAUUUAAAAUCAUGUCUAAGUACAUCACAAAGAUCAAUUCAGCUAGAUCCUGAAAAUGCUAAAUGCUAUGUACGAUGUGUGAGAACGUUCAUAAAAUUAAAGGAUUGGAAAAGAGCCUAUAAAAUGUGUUCUCGUGGGCUACAAUUAAGUGGUAACGCUAACUCUCUUUUGAGACAACAAAGGCAAUUCAUUAAGCAAAAUAUAGCAAAAACCCAGGAUAUCCAGAAAGUGAACAAUGGCGACAGAAAGUAUAUAGAUCCGUUAACAGAUGAUGUAAAAGUGGAAAAAAGAAAAAAGAAUAGUCAUGACAUAGCGGGAUUGUCCCGACCAAAGAAAUUAUUGAAGAAUGAUAGCCGGAAAAUUGAUUUAUUUGGCGAUCUACCAAUAGAGUUACUACCUAUCAUAAUCCGUAGUUUUUCCAGUAAAGAACUUAUUACAUUAACAUUGGUUUGUAAUAAAUGGAGAGAUAAAAUUCUGUAUCAUUUAAGUUGUUUUCGAGAAUUCAACUUUAAUUCAAUUAGUUUCAGAAAUUUCGUCAAAUUUAUGGAUUUUUUACGUCAGAAUUUCACUAGAACUUACAAAAAAUACAAUCUUUCACAGCUGAAAAUAAGCUCUAAAAUCGCUUCAGAGGAGUUGAGAAUUGCCCAGAUGUUAUUUACUAAAAUGCCGAAAUGCAUAAAUUUCCAACGGCUUAUACUAUCAAUGACAACGUUAACCACAACACAAUUCUACAAACUGAUGAUGGGGGAAAAUAGGGAAUUUUUUUCGAAAUUAAUGGAACUGUCGCUCAUGAUAACUUAUAGACCUGAUAGACAACAUGAAUGGAAAAUUCUUCAGAAUUGCUCUCAGUUAAAGAAGAUAGAACUAAUCUUUGUUAAUUCCAUGAUAUCCAUUGCCAAUCGGACAAAUAGCAUUGGAAGCGGCGGCAGCUUCAGUUCAGUGAACGGUAGUGUUAAUGAGAUAGUACUAGCUGAGGAUCAAGGCGAACAAGAAAUUGCGGAAGAAAAAAUAGUUUAUAAUGAGCUAGAGAAAAUGACGCUGAUAUGUGACAAGAAAAAGAUUAAGAACUUCCCACUUGCUUAUGCUCUGCUAAAUGAUGGUUUUCCUCGAUUGCAAAAACUAAUCAUAACAGGUGUGACUUUUCCUAUUAAUAACCGAGGAAUGGUAACUUUUGAGUGGUUAUCAAAUUUUCCGAUUUUGAGAGAAUUGUGGCUGGAAGACAACGACAACUGUGAAUUAGGUAAAUUCUUGCAAGUAUUGAAGGACUCGCACGUUUGGAAAAACAUGCAGAAAUUAACCUUUAGAGAGAACAAACUGUACACGGUGACCGAUUUAGAUGAAAGUUUGCCGAUUGCUAAUGAUAGUGAAGUACAAGCUAGGCUGUAUUACGGAGAAAAUCUUGAAAAUUUGGAGACGUUAGACCUAAUGGGAACGUCGAUAAGCGGAUCCGCUUUGACGAAAUUAUGUGAUCGGGGGUACUUGAAUGGUAAGAAAUUGAAGGUUUUGAAUAUUGGCAAUUGCCCUAAUAUGCAGUUUUCUAACCACUAUGUUAAUGGAGCAAGGAUGGUGUUGGACGUGAACGUGGUUUUGAAAAGACUGUUCAGUUUGGAAGAGAUUAACUUAUCCCAUGCGAGUUCACUAAAUGACAAUACAAUGAAAUUAUUCAUUACCAACGUGCCGUUCUUGGAAAACUUACAUAAACUUGACAUUUCGCAUAAUUUUGAAAUCACAGGAAUAUCAAUCUACGAGUUUUUGAAAAAAUUCCAGAUGGAUCACGAAGACGACACAGGUGGCCAGCCAUUGGCUUACUUGAAUAUCGACGGGUGCUCGCAAGUGUCUCAUAUCACGGUUAAUAUGCUGCGAGCUCAGAAUUUAGUCAAACGAGUAGAUUGUGCUUACGAAAGGGAAGUAUGGAAAAAAUUUGGAGUCAAUUCAUAUGCAUAUUCAUGA